AUGAACAUCUCGGGGAUACAUCAGGGGAUGCUCAGGAUGUAUGGUGGAUUUAUUUUCAAACAGUGGAAGAAAAGAUUUCUCCUUAUAACUGCUGAAGGCAGUCUCCUGGUGUGCCAUGAUGCAUCAUCCCCUCCCAGCCAGCUGGUACUCUUGCAAAACAGUUGUGAGGCGAUUGUGGAAGGCAAAGAGAUCUUGGACCUACCUAAAUUACCCUCUGGCAGGGGCAGAGAUUGCUGCUUUGCUCUGAUCCUGCCCCAGAAUAAAUAUCUGCUGCUGCUGGCGGAAACCUCUGCAGAGUGCAGCCAUUGGGUGAACGUGCUGAAAAAAGUGAAAAAGGUAACAUCUUCAUUUUCUUUGCCACAGAGUCUCUCAUCACCUCUCAGUCCUUGCAAGCGACAUCAGAUGCCACAACCACGUAUUACUCUCCGAGAUCUUGUGCCUGAGCAAAUCCUGGAUAAAGAUCCACCAACUCCACCUGUCAGCGACACAGAGUCAUCCUCCCCUGGGCCGAUGACUGGCGCUUCCCCGAAGGAGAAAGGCAGGAAUUCUUCCCGUACUAAGUAUCAUAAAGGAGGUGCAUAUUCAGCAGGCUGUUUGCGUCACGGCACUAUCAAUAAUGCCCAAGCAAUGAAGGCAGUUUAUCUGCUGAUGGGAGGGGCUGCUGCUUCCUCUGCCAUGGGUUAUUUAGGCACAUGCUCAUCUUCUAAUCUGGAAGCCAAAGCCCCGGAUCUGCCACUCUGCACAGAUUUCUCCAGCAUGGGACCAGCAGGAGGGUACCACACUGGCACUCCUGCACUCGACUCCCCCCACUUUAACAGUUUUGACUUUGAAGUGGCAGACUCUGAUUUUGACGCUUUUGAUUGUGGUGGAUUUACUUUCUAAUAAUCUGCUCGUUGGAGACUGUGGAUACGGAUAUAUUU